UAGACCCGCCACACUCACUCUCUUCACCACCACACACCCUCCCUUCACCACCACUAGACCGACCACACUCCCUCUCUUCACCACCACUAGAUCCCACUACACUCCCUCUUCUCACCACCAAACAUCUCCAUCACUAAUACCACCAGCACGACCCCACCCACCACACUAACUCUCCUCUCCACCAAGCAACCCCCCCCCCCACCCCAGCAGUACCCACGACUCACAACACCUAGCCUUACUACCCUGAUUCCCGACAUCCACCAUCCGCCGCGUCAUUAGCUAACUCAUCAUUACUGGGUACCGCGUCGCUACACCCCCUCUAGCGUCAUCAGGCCCCUUUAUCACGUCCCCGGGCCCUUCUUAUCACAUGAGACCCCUUUUACCACGUCACUAGGCCUUUCUAACGUCAUCAGAUCCUCUCUAUUACAUCAUCAGACCUUCUCUAUUACGUCUUUUGACCCCUAUACUACGUCACUAAGCCCCCUCUAUCACAUCACCAGAACCCUCUGUCACCUCAUCGGCUCUUCAAGUGUCUCCUGAGUACAUCUCCACCACCACCGUACCUCCACUAUCACCCUACCACCACCGUCUACCAUAGCACAACCUACUAACUACAUACUUCUAUCCUCAACCAUCAGCCCCUGGACGACCUGAAGCAAGCAACAGCACCUACUUGACCCCCGAGGUUCUGACACUCAACCCGCAGACACACCGCCCUCCCCUCCCUAUAGGUCUUGUCAAGAACCUCACUAUCGUCUUACUCGCUAUCAACACCGUUACAUUAACCUAACCUUCGAAACCAGUGUAGCAUCAUUACUGCCAAUCGCACUACCAUCUGUCCUGUUAUCCUUGAGUAAAUCUCCCGUCUAAUCGUCGUCUCUUAAUUGAUCUCUAUAAUAUUUCUCAAGCAACAUUCCACACUUACUGAGACUGUCAUUCCCAUUCAGAAACACUUACCACCACCACCACCACUUCACUUCCUCCCGCAUGAGAAACACGUCAUCUUAGAAACAUCUUUAGUCAUCGUUUAGAAACACAACUGCCAUAUCAGAGUAAACCUUGAUUACCCCGGGACGGUCACUACUACUCCCUCCACCCCACUACAUAACAUCCUUCACCUAACACCUCCGCCUCUUGACCUGGUGAACCCCUCCCCCUCCACCUCACCCACUGUGUCCGACCCCCACCACCGUCUAACAUUAUCCCUACCAACCCCGCUACAUCGCCUCUACAUUAUAACCUUCCAAUCGUCCGCGUCAUUACCUUAACCGCUUGUGUAAUUAAGUCGUGGUACCUUGUUCAGUACAUACUCCCUGUUGUCACCCCACCAGCUAUCCAUGUCAUCCCACCAUAUGCUCUUAAAUGAAAGUCUCAACAGGUCUGAUUCAUAACUAGAUCUUCACCGCACAAAUUUCACGCUACGCUCUACAAAUAACGCCACAGAAUCCUCUACCCACUGCGACCAACACACACACACACACACACACAUAUAAAUAUAUAUAUAUACACAAUCGGUUAAUAACUCCCGUAAACUUGUGCAAUAUUAUCCUGUCACUGGGGUCAUUCCCUCUACCACCCGCCCUGUAUCACUGUGUCAGCCUCAACACACCGCCCUGACACCAACUCUCACAGUCGCACCACACAUCAGCUUAGUUCCCUCUCGACAUCACCCCAACAACACACACUCUCAUCGCCACCCCCAAGUGCACUACGUGGUCAUCCUCCAGAUCACUCAUGCGCCCUGUCAUCUACUUCACCUAGGAGCCUGAACAUGGCCACCACCCCACUACAUGAAGGUGAUCAGGCGAGGCGGGGCACACGGUGAGGCAGCCCUAGUAACAGUAAUUAAAGUGAGCCCGCUUCCCCUGGCCCCAGUCGGCGACACAGCCCCUCACACACUCCACCUGAACACACCGCUGCUCGCCUGUUGGUAGUGUAGGCAUCUCCACAUGUCUAUAUUCACAGGAUCUUGGCUAAGAACCUUCACCGACCACAAAGAACGCACAGCUUAAUGCGCAACCUUAACGUCUAACCGCACCGCUGGAACGGCUGGUACAACUGAAUGCGCAGACCUACGUGAGCGCGCAGGAGGGCUGGACCCACGACGCACUCACGAGGCGCAGCGCCAGACUACAUCGUGCCCAUACCUGUCAGAAGACACACCUCACUGGAGGUAAACAGUCUGUAACUGUGGGCACAACCAGGCUGUCACUCUUGGGGGGAACACAGUUACUGACUCAACGACCACAGCUCGGAGCAGGGUGGAGGGCUCCUCCACAUUACCUAGCCUUUGACCCGAAAAUGACCAGCUACUGACUUGUUGGACUGAAAUGAGGCGAAUCACGUUUACUAAGCGGGGGAAAAGAUCACAACUUACAUAUUAACAUCAAAGCAACCUAUAAGCGGAGAGGAAAGUGGGACAAGUGUACAUGAUAAACUAUACAGUUGUCCAAUUACAAAGAGACGCGUGCCAAGUAGACUAAGUUUAGUUGUGAUUGACUCAGCCUUUGAUGCCCAAGUUGAAUACUAGUGAAUGAUGCCCGGCUGGUUACCUGGCGCUGAAGUACGUGACAGACAAACGGUGUUCACUCCUCCAGGACAUUUUUCUACCCGUGCUCACCUUGGUAGUAACUGAUGCCUCGAGGAUUGCCGCCACUCAUGUUUUGGGACUGUGAAGGAUGUAACUGCCAUCAGUAUUAACAAUAUUAUAUCAGUAUUGAAGCCAGUAUUACAAACAUCUAAGUGCCAAAAUUAUAUUCGUGUAUUGUUGGGAAUGUGAAAAACAAAAACUCGCCAGGACACAGAGAGUUGGCCCACCACACUCAUUAUAUCGGACACCUACAGUAUUACCUUUAACAGUAUUACAAGUCUUCCUGUUUGAUUUGACAAGAUUAGAAAAAAUCAGUUUCCAUAUACUUGUGUAGCAGAAAGUGAAGUGACUUGAAAAAAAAAAUGACAGAAUAAAUCGAACGAAGGUCUUCCAACCAUUGGUAAAAGAUAGAUGCAAGGAAACGCUAAAAGGUCAUUUCUUAUAGCUUAAGCGUGUCAAUCGGCAGGGGAGAUCUGACUCAAAUUCUUCUGUCCGACUGUGGAAUCGGAGGAUCCUCUGACCUUUGCCGGGAUCACUGGGGAAGGUUAAGCGCAAAGUUCCGCUGCGUCGAGGGGGCAUACAAGUGGUCUCUUAUGAAAUCACGCUAUUGCCUCGAGUAACCUGGAACGGCGCUCUUGAGACUUCCGAGUGAAGGUAACUGUUGCGAGUAAAGGUGCGAGAGGCAGGAACCACCCAGCAACACACCCAUCAUAGCAACAAGAAGACCACCACCGCAGACAAGAAAAAGAGUCACUGUGGUGAACUGCCCAACCAACACUGCCCAAACAAACACACACAGACAUACGAUUAACAAGAGGAAUACCAGUACAAACAGAAGUUAGUGAGGAGGAAGAAGAGGAGGUUCUUGGAGGUAGAGAGGAGGUUCCCGGCGGGAGUGUAAACAAUGGGCAGCAGCUGUUCCUCCUCACAGUCGAUGAAGGACAAUGUCUCCGUCAAAAGUGAAGACUAUGCCAUGGAGCAGAAGGUCAGCUCGCAGCACACACGGGCCGUCACCCCCACCCUGGCGCGGCCCGUCAGCUCAUCGACUGAUGACCGCAGCUACGACACGGAGAGCUGCCUGUCGGAGAAGGGUGGUGGGACCAACAGGCAGGCCGCCCGCCUCCCACUCUCCGUUAAGAUGGGCGACAACGACGGCGUUUCCAACACUGGCGACGCAGGCCUGGCCCAUAUGGAGAACUCGGCCCCGCCCGAUGUCAAGGAAUCGCCACGCAAGUCCCGCGGGGCGAUUCCCAACCUGGGUCACCUGCCAGAUUUGAACAAGCUCUCCGACGUCAUCCGUAACCUGGUGAUGGGCAACGUGGUGUUCGUGAGGCCCAUCCUUAAGCCAAGGAAGAUCUGCAUCUACACCUGUGCCGAUCUAAAAGACACUAUUAUGGAGAGGUCUGCACUAAUGGAACACGUGUACCCUAAACUACGCCUCUACUGCAUGGAGAAGGGUUACGAGCUGAACAUAGUGGACCUGCACUGGGGGAUACCAGACGAACAUAUCAACGACCACUCCUUCAAGGAACUCUGCCUCGGACAUCUAACAACUCAGGCCCGAGACUCCCACAUCGUGACGGUGGUGUUCCUCAACGAGACCUUCGGCAACGCCCUCCUACCGCGAGUGAUCGAAGGCCCGGACUUCGACCAGGCCAUCUCUGCCAUGGAGCUGGACACUGACCGCGAACUGUUCUGGAAAUGGUACCACUGGGAUGAGAACGCCCAGCCUCCCUGCUACAAGCUCCAGCCCAUUAGUACUUUCAUUCCCAAUAUCAAGGACAGUAACAGUGCCAGCCUGCACCAGGAAGCCGUACAGGAUUGGAGCAACGAGGUCAAGAAGAUGAUGACCCUCAUGAGAAUGGUGUUCAACCAGGAGCAGAAGGAGAAGUACCUCUCUACCGUCAUGGAGCAGGAGAUCAAGCAGAGCGUGUUCAUGAACCAGGAGAGCGCCAAGCAUUGCCUCUGGAUCUGCAGGAAAUUCACCCACUUCCCCUCCCACAACAUCCCCGCGCAGGGCAAGGUCUACGUCGCUGUCGAACCCGAGAGUAAAAAGCGACUUGAUAUCCUACAGAGUGAACUGAAGGAGCGGCUGGAUGAAAUUAGAAUGCUCAAAUUCCGCGUCAAGUGGCAUAACUCUGGCAUGAACCCCGAGGUGCCCGAACACGCCCAGUUCGUGGAGGACCUGUGUGCCCAGAUCUCCCCGCUCCUUAUCUCCAUUAUCGACGGCAUCAUAGAAGAGGACGAAACUAAGGAGGAGCUGAAGACGUACUUGGGAAUCGAGAAGCGACUGUUCCACGAACUGAUGCAACAGUCCCUCAUGUGCCAGUUCCGUUACAAGAACUUCCAAGGCCGCCAGGAGAUACUUACCAAGAUCAGGAGGUACCUGAACAACGACUCAUGUGUGCCGCUCAUCAUGCACGGGGAGGUGGGGUGCGGGAAGUCCUCACUCAUCGCCAAGGCCAUGGAGAGGUGCUGCGAGUGGCUGGUCGACGUGCCCCUCGUGGUCAGGUUCGUGGGGUUGACCCCAGGUUCGUCCACCACCGAGCAAGUUCUCCGCUCCAUCGCUGAGCAGUGCUGCGCCCUCUUUGGCGAACACCGAGCUGAGGCGGCCAAGGGUGUGCGCCAUAUGUCGGCCUUCCUGAUGCACGUGUGGUCAAAGGCAUGUAAAUUGCGACCUCUGGUGAUCAUGAUCGACGGAAUCGACCAGGUCAAGAGCUACGGGUCGACGUCACUGGAGUGGGUGCCCAGCGAGCUGCCCGAGCACGUCAAGCUCAUUAUGACGGUGAGGGACGACUCCCCCCAGAUGUCUCUUCUCCAGAGCAUCAUCGAGGACCGCGCCUGCUUCCUCAAGAUCCCGCCGCUCACUAUCGACGAGGGCUACAACAAGUUUGAGGGCAUCCUGAAGCAGCACCACCGUAGCGUCAACAAAGAACAGCGGGAGUUGGUCAGUAAGAACAUCCAGGACUGUCCCCUCCCACUCUACGUCGAGAUCGUGGGUCGGAUGGCGUGUGAAUGGACGGGGGCAGAGUCUCAGCUGCCUCUCAAGCCCACACUCCUGGAACAGAUAUAUAUUGUCUUCGAUGACCUAGAACGCGCCAAUGGCCAGGUGGAAGUCUCACACACCCUGGGUUACCUGACUGCCGCCAAACAUGGCCUUUCAGACUCUGAGAUGAUCGACAUCCUUUCUUGCGACGAGGCUUUGUUGGAGAAGAUCUUCGUCCACUGUACCCCGCCAGUGAGGCGGUGUCCGUCGCUGGUGUGGGUACAGAUCUCGAGGCAGCUGCAGCCCUUCCUUAUGAAGACGAUCGUGGCGGGGAUUUGCCUGCUUACUUGGCGCCACGAGAGCUUCAGGGACGCUGCUCGUGUCCGCUACCUGGGCACGCCCGACCAGAUCAGCAUGUGUUGUACCGCCCUCAUUGAUUACUUCCAGAGCAAGUGGGCCAACGGAGUGAAGAAACCCGUGCCAGUAUACGAGGCUGGGGUGGAGGAAGGCAAGGAUCGUUAUGUGCUGGACCAACCCACCAAGUACCGCGGCAGCAACAUGUCCAAGAUCUCGGUGCAGUCAGUCUUCAGCAGACACAACCGUCGCAAACUGGAUGAACUACCCUAUCAAGUCCUUCAGCUUCGAGGCAGGAUACUCGAGGAGUUUGUCCUCAAUUUUGAAUGGGUAUAUGAAAAGCUCUGUGGCUCAGAUACUUACCAGGUGCUAGAAGACGUGUCUCUAGCCUUAACGAACCACAGCAAUAACAUUGAACUGGUGCUGUUGAAGGAGGUGUUGGAGCUGGCGGCUUAUGCUCUGGGGUACGACGGGCGACAGUUCUACUCACAGGUGUGUGGUAGGUUGUCCACCCUCAUGUGUGACCCUCAGAACCAUGAGACGUACCCCAUCAUCAAGAAACUCUACGAGACUGCUGCCAGCGCCCCCGUGCCCUGCCUCCUGCCACUCACCGUCUGCUUACAUGAACCCUUCCAGGAUCAGAACAUGAAGCUCGGGGACGGACAGGUGUACUUCAACGCGCUGAUUCGGGCUCGGCAAAACCCCCACUACGUCAUCACUCUGUCGACCGAGCGAGGGGAGAUCGCCGUGUGGAACAUCUUCACUAUGUCACCAGUUCGCACCCUCACUGGUAUCACUCAGCCACGAAAACUUAAGAUGAUUGACGACUACCGGUGUUUGGUUCUUUGCGGUCGUGAACUUCGGAUCUACAAUUUUGACGAGGGGCUGUUCGUGAUGAAGUUGCGAGAGGUUAUGAACCAGAAGAUGCCAUACUUUGGCCUCCAUGACAAGGACCAUGUGGUGGCUCUCUCCCGCUCCAGGAUGUACGUCAACAUGAUGAACCUCCAGAACGGCGACUGCGUGGCCACGUUUAAGGUUGGAGAGGAUAGAUUCUUGAACAGUCUAAUGGUGUCUGAAAACGGGAAAAUCUGUGUGUGCGGAGAUGAGACCCAGAAGCCGUCAGCCCUGUUAGUGUGGGACCUGGAGCUUCGCAAGUUGAUGUAUGAUUUACGCAUCCCUCACCAUGAGUUUAUUACUCGCCACGCCGCCAUCACCAAGGAGGGCCACUACGUCUCCUGUGUCUGCAGGGAGGUGGAUGAACCGGCCCCGAACUUCAUUGUAGUGUAUGACCUGCAGAGUGGAACACUAUUCAAAAAGUGGAAGCCUGGAGUAAACAUCAUCUCCAUUGCUAUAUCCUCAGCGGGGAGCUGUGUUAUUGUUGGUCUCGAGGACUCCAAGUUGAUGGCAUACGACUUGAUUACCGGUAAUCCCCGGUGGACAUUGAAAGGUCACACUGCCCCGCCAACCACCAUCAGACUGGACAACCGAGGCCUACAGUGUCUUACCUACGACUCCCUGGGUCGGGAUCGAUCUGUAAGAGUCUGGGACAUCCACUCUGGUAACAGCCUUGCUGUUAUGACCCCUGACCAAGCCAUUACUGCCUGUGAGAUCUCUAGCGAUGGAAAGGCUGUAAUAAUGGCCUUGGAAGGCAGGAAUGAGAUUGUAACCUUCUUGCUGUGCCACCAGUCAGGAGUAGACGGUCAUGCUUCACCUAAAUCCUAUGGCAAUGACACCAACAGGGGCAAGGUGUUUGACCUAAGCCAAGCAGGGUAAUGUGUAAGUCUUCCGUGUGGUACUGGUGCGUCACGUCAGUGUUGUGCUGCUGUGUGAUAAUGGAACCUCUCUUAGUGUCACAUUGUCUGCACAAACUCUGACACGUUUCACCUGCACAGAUAUCUAGUGUGUUAGAUGCACAUAUAAUCAGUGAUGUCAGCAGAGUACAAGUGACUUAGUUAUUUCAGUAAGAGACAUGGGAGGUGUGACAUGAUGCCUUACUUGCUGAACAUUGCCACAAAAUUCUCACUUUGCUCGCUACUAUCUAAGAUAAAAAGGUAGUAACGUUACUUAUGAGUGUGUAGGAUGUUGGUAGACAAUGGAGUACCACAUAAGUGAUGUCCAAAACGCGUUCAUUUGUCAAGACAUUGUACUACUGUCAAAUAUCAGCCUGUGGUGCCCUUUCCCCCCUCCCCACAGUGUGCCAUUAUUUGUCACUCAUAAACCAUAAGUAUCAACUGACAUUACAAAAGCUUCUGUAUGUGAACAUGGUGUAGUAUCAUGAUUUUUUGGCUGUGGUAUCCAGACUGUUGUAGUUUUCUGGACCUAUUCUAAAACUACCCUUAAGAAGAAUACAUUAUAUUGCAGUAUUUUUUAUGAUACUGUAUAUAUUGCAGUUUACUAACAUUUCACCAGCUAAGAAUCAUAAAAUGGUACAUGGAAUGCCUGUCUUAACUUCGCCAGGCGAGUACAUCCUGUAUUCUGAUUAAGUCUAGUUGAAGAAUUUGUCAUGUACGGUAGCACAUGUUGGUCUUGCAUCACCCGUAGAUGGUCAGGACUUAGUGUAGGUGUACAAGUCACUGUCUUCUACCUAAAAUAUGUGGUAAAAUUGUUUUAGGUGUUGACGACAAAAAUUAAUUGUGAGAAUAAGCCAGCAGAUAUUGAUCUUUUUGCCUUUCACAUUCUUAUGAUAUGCCAAAACUGUUUUAUCAUAUUGCACAUAUUCUUAAAAUUACUGCAGUUUAGAUCAAUUUUGGAUAUGUAAUAUUUUGUUAUACAAAGACGACCGUUCCGUAAUCAGACUUACUGUCUCCUUUGAAUUCAUUGCUCAAUGUGGACAAGGAUGUGCAUCAGCUCAUAAUUUUAUCUUUAUAAUAAGUCAUUAGGCUAAAAUGUUAAAUUAUAUCGAAUGAAGUUGUGAUAAAUCUUGAUAGAUUAUCGUGUCAACUUCUGGUAUAGAAGACAAGAUACAAAACACAAGAAGCCAUAAGCCAGUCAGAGCAAUUGUUUUAUACUAUUUAUAAAAAGAUUAUUUUGCAGAAUUUGUCAUUAGAGUCAAGAAGAAUAGUCUCAUAAUGAGUUAGUAUACAGAGAAACAAACAGAGCACAUAUUUUGACACUUUCUAUCAGGUAAUUUUCAUAUAAUAAGAUAAGAAUAGUUUAAAUAAUAGACAUUUGAGAAACAUCUUGGUAGCUUUCACAGACGAGAAAUUCUGUCGUAAUGGGAACAUAUAACUCUUGACUCUUUGUUUUAGGUGCUCUUAAAAAAUAGGGUCAUUUGUACUGUUCUUUGAAAGUACAUAUGAUGUUUUUUAUUUCGGUAUUUCAACCACCAAGGUUAUUAGGCACCGUUCAGUUGGUCCCAGUUUCUACAAUACAAUUCUUGAACAUUAUAAAAUCCAAUUACAGUAGUAGGAGAAAAACAGUAUACGUAUUCAACAAAUCUUCAAGUAAACGAAGACUGGUGGCCAAGAAUAACACUAUUUCUUUUGCUUUCAUAUUUCUCUAUGAAACCGUCUUUUUAUGCAAAGCCUUUUGUACAUAUACACCACAAAUUAGAAAGGUUUCCAGUAAUCACUCUCUCUGAGAGACUAGAUUAAUUUGAUUUGACCUAACAUUAAAAUCAUUUAACAUAUCUCACCACACACAACGUAGGUCUCUAACAUCCAUGACAAUCAGUUAAAUCUGGUGCAAUAUGAAGUAAAAAUCACUUUGCCAUUUUCCACAGACUAUUGACCUGUUAGUGUCAUAGCAACGCAUAGCAAUCAUAAAAAAUUACACAGUACAUAGAAAUUAGAACAAUUUUACACUGAUAGGAUACAACUAUUCAUCGAGUAGUAGGUACUGUUCAUGGCCCGUAAAAGGUACAAAUUAAUAUACGAAGAAUUUGUCAUUUAUGAGAAUAAUUACAACACUGUUAUGCCUCAUAUUCCAUUGACAGGUUUCAUUAAUUCACUCGGUAUGAGAGCAUCGUAUUACUCAAUGCAGUAUCAGUUUGACUACAUUUCAAAGAACAGCAACAGCCUCCCCCGUAAAUGAAUCAAAUGCCGGCCACUGUGGCUGACAGUGCAGGUAUACAAUAUUUAUAGACAUACAGAAAUCGUUGCUGUAUUAUGAAGCCGUAAAUAAUAGUCACUGCUGAAUGCACUUUCUUAGCAGUUUGCUAAUAACUUUCUAAUGUGACAAAAAUAAAGAUUUUUUAAUACUGCAUUCGGAACACCAGUAUUAGUAUGAGGUCUGUCUUGUGCUUCAGAGCCAAGCUGUAAGUGUCGACACUAGCUGCUGUCAGUGCUGUUAUCUGUAACAUACGUUCACAACCAUGUAACACUGUUGUAAUUGUGUACAUAACAUGAUUAUUAUGUAAAUAUGUUGCUGUCCAUUUGUUUCAAUAUUUUCUUGUUGCGUAUCUCCCUUUUUUUAACUGUGGUUGAGUUUUGAGUGUUUGUAUAGUACACGUUAUAGAGAGAUAUUGCAAAAGAAGAGCUUACAUGCUAUACACUCACUUCAGUGCUUCAUUGACUUUACAAAUUUGUUUUUCGAUACUGAUCAUAUUGCUUUUGUCGCAUGCAUUAGCAUGUAUAAUAUAUUUGUAUGAAGAUGAAAAUAGAACAAUUAUUGACAGAAUUGUAAUUUUUUCCCACUCUGUAUCCAUAAGCAUAGCAGCUUUGAUAUCAUCUGUACAUAUCAUGCAUUGAUAAUUGGUACCCGGUAAAUAUGCACUGUUAAUAGUAUAGCAUGAGAGGCAGACUGUAUGUAGGGUAUGGAAGGAAUGUGUUUGUUUACCCAAAUUCUGCAACAUUGCUUAUUGGUCAGCAAAAUACUGUGCUAAACAAUUUAUAAGAAAAUAUGGAACACAGGUUACAAACUUUAAGGGGUACUGUUUUAUAAGAUGUUUUAAAUGCUUAUUAUUCACCUAAGUAAAAUUUCUUCAUGUAUUCUGAACUCUGUAAGGACUCGUCUGUAUCGACUUAUCUGCCUAAAAGCUUUUAUUAACAAAUAACUUAGAGCUUAAAACCCAUGUUGAAUGUUGCUAAACAAAUACUAGUUUGGAUUAUUGGCAGAUUAUUGUAAUGUGUGUUAACACGACAAUCUCAAGGUGAUCCCCUGCCUUCUUCCCACGUGCCACAACCUCUUCUACACUAUCAUGGUGUUGUCACCUUCUAAUCACCCUCUCAAACAUUAUAGGAUUCUUGUUCAUUCUUUUUUUCAAAAAUUACAUUGAAUAAUUACAUUAUUAGAAAAGCGUAUUCAAAGUUAGACUGAGGCACAAUUUCGCGCUUAUAACUCGAACCAACACCAUCUUCAGAUAAGGAAAGAAAUAUCUUGUUAGUGCCAGCAGGGGUUGACCUUUUAGGAUUACAUUGUAGAUUACAUGCCUGGGACACCAUCAGAUAAUCUAACUCUUAAAUGAAGCAAAGUUGUAAAAUUAUAUUCAUACAGCUAUAUCGUAAAAGUACUAUAUACUUUUCUGUAACCAGCAUGAAACUUAAAUGAGGAUUGUGUAUCCUAUUCUAACAGGCGUUGUCAGAGCUGCUUUCUGUAUACGGAACAAAAAUCUGUCCAGCUGUCUGUGAACCUAAAAUUUUUGAGAUGCCGAACGAAUUUCUCAAAUUUCUUUCAAUAUAAUGCAUGAGUAUUGAUUUGAGUGACUUUGUCACUCUUAUCUGCGCAUUUGAUAGGUCCUUGAAAUUGUAGCAUUAGCCACGAUGGCUCUUGAUAAUAUUUCCCACCAUCAACAAUGUGAUUUGCAAAAUAAAAAUCACUAAUUAUAAAUCUUGACACAAUGAGUAUCUAAUGAUUAGGCUACUACUAUUCAAUGGGUAGAAGUGAGUCUGAAUAGAGAAGAUUGGGGAGGCUUUUUCAUAAAGGGAGCAGCUAAACCCAAUAACGUAUUGGCGUUAGCGAACAAUGUAUCUAGUGAGAAUUGACGUUUUGUCACCAACAAUUAAAAUUUUUAUUUCAGACAGCUGGAUACUAAUGCCAUGUUUAUUGAGGUGCACAUACAAGGGAAGUUAAAAUAUAGUGAUAAAAUUUUCAUAUGUUGUAUGAAAGGAUAAAUUAUGGUAUUCUUUAAGAAUGCAAUGAAAUACAUGAAAAAAUAAA